AUGGCGAUUAAGGAAGCUUUGUUGUGGGCUAAGGAUUUGAAUCUUACAAAGGUUAUAGUGUUUUCGGAUUGCCAGACGAUGGAAAGUGUUAGUGGUGUUACUGGUGUAUCUGGAACCCAACCUGAGUUGGAAGCACCUGCUGUAGAGACUGUUACUCCUCAGUCUCAGCAGCCUUUGCCUCCACCUGUUCCAAAGAAAAGGAAAGAGGUUGAAUCCAGGGCUCCAUGUUGGGAUCACUUUGAAAAGAUCAAAGAUAGUGAGGGCAUUGUCAUCAAAGGAAAAUGUAUAUAUUGUGCAAAAGUGUAUUGUUGUGAGACCAAGAAACAUGAGACUUUUUCUCUCAGACUUCAUGUGGUAAACUGCCUUAAAAAUCCUCACUCUAAGGAGACAAUGCAGUCCCUACUCACAUUCCAACCUGCACCUUCUUCUGUUGGAACUCAAAGUAGUGAAGGAACUGAAGGGGUGUUGGGUACUUGGGUGUUUGAUCAAGACUUGAUAAGGAGAGCCUUAGCUGAGAUGAUUAUUUUAGAUGAACUUCCUUUUAGGAUUGUUGAGGGACAGGGUUUUAGAAAGUUUGUUUUAGUUUGCUGUCCUAGGUUUAAAAUCCCUUCAAGAUGGACUAUCAGUAGGGACAUUUUCAAGAUAUUUUCUGAUGAGAGGGUCAACUUGAAGAAGUUUUUUAGGACUAGCAGUCAGAGGGUAAGUAUCACAACUGAUACUUGGACCUCAGUCCAGAGAAUAAACUACAUGUGCAUAACUGCACAUUUCAUUGAUAGUGAGUGGAAGCUGCAAAAGAAGAUUAUUUCAUUUGUUCCUAUAUAUUCCCACAAGGGGGAAAGUAUUGCAAAGGCUUUAGAGAGUUGCCUUUUGGACUGGGGUUUAAAAUCAGUGUUUAGUGUGACAGUAGAUAAUGCUUCCAGCAAUGAUACUGCCCUAGGAUUCUUGAAGAAGAAGUUGGGCUCUUGGGGUUGUACUGCUGUUAGGUGUAAGUAUUUGCACAUGAGGUGCAUUGCUCACAUUCUUAACUUGGUGGUACAGGAUGAGUUGAAAGAAUGUGACAGUUCUGUUAAGAAAGUCAGGGAUGCUGUUAGGUAUGUGAGGAGCUCACCUGCUAGGUUGCAGAAGUUUAAAUCACUAGCUGAUCUAAUUGGGGUGGAAGCUAAGAAUUCUCUGUGUCUAGAUGUCCCUACAAGGUGGAAUUCCACAUAUAUGAUGCUUAAUACUGCAUUACUGUUUCAGAAGGUAUUUGAAGCCUAUGAUGAUCAUGACAGUUCAUUUAAAUCUGAUUUGGGUGGAAGUGUACCUGAUUUCUUAGAUUGGGAAUCCAUUCAAUCUUUGGUUAUGAUUCUGAAAUCUUUUUAUGAAAUGACUGUUAGGAUUUCUGGAUCAUUGUAUGUGACUUCUAAUACCUUCUUCUCUGAGAUUUCUGAUUUGUCUUUCUUGUUGAAAAAUAUGGAGGAAGCUACAGAAGAUAGUGUUAAAACUGAUGGGGACAAAAUUGAGUAUAUGCCCAUUCAGUUUAACCAGUUAUAUGGUGAGGACAAGGGUAAAACAAUGUUUGAUAAGGUGAUUGUUGGCCUUAAGGAGUUGUUUGAAGAUUAUGUUGCAUGCUUCCCUGUCCAGUCUGUUGAACAAUCUGAAAAAUGUUCUCCCUCAAUAACAAUAUCUGAUUCAGUUUCUGUUGGGAGACCUCAAUCAUUACUGAAAUCUCAGAUUAAGAAGCAAAAAUUGGUGAGUGGGGAUUUGUCUAGGAAAAAAACUGAGUUGGAAGCGUAUCUCUCUGAGGUUGUUGUGGAUGAGGAUGAUUCAUUUGACCUUCUAAGAUGGUGGAAGCAACAAUCUGAAAGGUUCCCUGUCUUAUCUAAAAUGGCAAGGGAUAUUCUAGCUGUUCCAAUAUCAACUGUUGCUUCAGAAUCAGCAUUCAGUACAAGUGGAAGGGUGCUUGAUGCCUUUAGGAGUUCCCUAACUCCUAGAAUUGUUGAGGCAUUGGUGUGUGCACAGGAUUGGCUAAGGUUAAGCAACCAACCAAUCUCAAUCGAAGAAAAUAUUGAAGAUGUUGAAAGGAUUGAGAAAGAGUUGUGCUGCACAUCCAGCACUGGAACUGGAAUGCCUACAAUUGUUGUAUUGUAUCAUGUAUGUGUAUCAAUGAUUCAAAUCAAUGUCCCUCGUGAGGCUGGGAAGUUUGAACUGGAAACUGGAAAGUGCUCAUGGCAAGGUAACAUUUUAAAUGUUGCUGCCAUUGAGCUCAGAACAGUUGAACCUCAGUCCCUAGGAAUGAAAUAUGGUAAUUUCACAAAUGAUUGUACCCAACAAAUCAAAGAAUUAGCAGACUAUGAAAGUAGUAGAGAAAUCCAAGAACGGCCACUAAUUGGUGAAGAAUCUAAAGAAAGUUCAGAUUCCAGCUCAACAACUAGCCCAAGCUCAUUAGAUGAAGAAAUACUCAUGUAUCAUAUGACCAGACUUGAGGACGAGGAAUCCAUAACUGGGAGUAUAUCGAAAAACCCAAUAGAUCAAGAUAUCAAACAAAAUAAAAAUCACGACUUAGUAGGCCAAGAUCAAAAUACGGAUGAGAUAAUGUCUGAAUCCUCUGCCAAUAAUAACAGCUAA